UUACCAUUUUACAGAUUUCAUGUAUAUGGAAGACAGGAAAAAUGGACAGGAAAAAUUAGAUGAUUUGUCAAGUUAGCAAAAAAACGCGCAGUUUACAUAAGCUUUGCUCAAAUAUUUUCUUUGGAAAUUAUUUUGUCUUUGUAUUUGGUAUGAAUAUUUGCGCAGUCACUUGUUGCAUUUCCUACUGCUCUGCUCUAAUGGAAACACGAUGUAACCAAAAAACCAUCAGUUUUGCAAGUUGA